CGGUCCAAGGACGGGCCCGGCCUAUCCCCAAAUGAAACUCGAAAUUCGCGACUCCCAGGACUUUCCCUCUCAAAUGCCAAAAAAUAUGGCGGUUCCGCUCACUACCUAGGGCUUUAAACCAUCGCGCCUCUCUGACUUGCACUUCUUCUUUCUCAUCUUCCACCCGAUCGGCAGCAGAAGCGGCGAAUCAAUUCUGAUAAGAAUCUUCUGGGUUUUUCGUUCAAGUUUUUUUGAUCCAUCUCGUUUGAUUCUCUAGUGAGUCAGGACAAAAAAUGGCUUCUCUUAACCUAACGAGUGGCGCGAUUGCGAAGAUUUCGCAAGGGUUGGGGGACAAACUGCAACCUGUUCUUCAAGUAGCGGAGAUCCGGUUGGUGAAUACUCAGCAGAGCUCAGCGGAGAGGUACCGGAUGCUUCUUUCCGACGGUGUCCACCAUCAGCAGGGAAUGCUUGCGACACAGAUGAAUGGGAUUGUUAAGUCUGGCCAGCUGCAGAAAGGAUCGAUCGUUCAACUAAGCGAAUUUAUCUGCAACACCAUACAAAGUCGGAGGAUUAUCAUUAUAAUCAGCCUGCAAGUUUUGGUUGAGAAGGCUGAAAUAAUUGGGGAGCCAAAAAAUUAUGAUUCUGGCAAUCCUGUUCUACAAAACCGUGUUGCUGGUCUUGGACAGCCACCUGAGGUAAACCAACCAGGUUUAUCCAUAGAAAAUGCCCAACAUCAUGGUGGUUCUCGAGCAAGUGGUCCUGAUGUUGGACAACAUGCUCUUGGGGAUGCUUCGUUUCCCAGACAAGAGUCAGCUGUGAACAAUCAAUCUCAUGUUGGCUUAUUUGCUGGUGAUUCUGUUCCUGGGAGGAACGUCAGAAAUGCAAAUUUCUUGCCCUCUAAAGCUGAAUCUGCUACUGCGGGUUUUAUGGAAUCAAACCAAAUUGGUGGUAUGCAACCAAAAAGAUUCCCAAGCUCAUCAAAUGGAGGAUUUCAACCCCCUGCUGAUAGUUACGGGCGUCCAAUUCAGUCUACAUAUCAGCAACCUGCUCCUAUCUAUACAAAUAGAGGUCCUAUUGCUAAGAACGAAGCCCCAGCUAGGAUAAUUCCCAUUGCUGCAUUGAAUCCUUAUCAAGGAAAGUGGACGAUCAAAGCUAGGGUUACGGCUAAGGCCGACAUCAGGCACUACAAUAAUGCAAGAGGUGAAGGAAAAGUAUUCUCUUUCGAUCUCCUCGACUCUGAUGGUGGAGAAAUACGAGCAACUUGUUUUAACAUGGUAGCUGACCAGUUCUAUGAUCAGAUAGAGGUAGGGCGAAUUUACUUGAUUUCCAAAGGUACCUUGAGACCAACACAAAAGAGUUUCAACCAUCUUAACAAUGAAUAUGAAAUUAUGUUGGAGUCUACAUCCACAAUCCAGCCUUGCUUAGCGGAGGAUAACAGUAUUCCAAGGCAGCAAUUCAGCUUUAAACCUAUUAGUGAAAUUGAGUCUAUGGAAAAUAAUUCAAUGACUGAUUUGGUCGGUAUAGUGACUUCGAUUAAUCCUGCAGGUACAAUAAUGAGAAAGAAUGGUACCGAAACUCACAAGAGAACUCUUCAAUUGAAGGACAUGUCUGGAAAGAGUGUUGAAAUAACUCUAUGGGGAAAUUUUUGCAACACAGAAGGGCAGAAAAUCCAAGGCAUGUGCGACUCCGGCAUAUUUCCUGUACUGGCUAUAAAAACAGGUCGAGUCAGUGAUUUUAGUGGAAAGUCAAUCGGUACAAUUUCCUCUAGCCAGCUUCUUAUAGAUCCUGAUAUUCCGGAGACGCACCAAUUAAAGGAAUGGUAUAAUAGUGAGGGAAAGAACCAUACUGCCCUUUCUAUAUCCAGGGAAGCUGCAAUAACGGUGAGAAUGGAUGUGCGUAAGACAGUUUCACAAAUUAAGGAUGAAGGUCUUGGAAGAUCUGAGAAGCCUGACUGGAUAACUGUUAAGGCCACAGUUUCAUUCAUGAAGGCUGAUAAUUUUUGCUACACGGCAUGCCCUUUGAUGGUGAGUGACAGACAAUGCAACAAGAAAGUUAAUAAUAAUGGGGAUGGGACAUGGCAUUGUGAUCGGUGUGACAAAAGUUUUUCCGAGUGCGAUUAUAGAUACCUACUCCAGUUACAGAUUCAGGACCACACUGGUAUUACCUGGGUUACUGCUUUCCAAGAAUGCGGUGAAGAAAUCCUUGGUGUAUCUGCAAAGGAACUGUACUUUCUCAAGUAUGAAGAACAAGACGAGUUGAAGUUUGCUGAGGUUGUAAGGAGGGUUCUUUUCAGUCAAUAUUUAUUCAAAUUAAAAGUAAAAGAGGAAACUUUUAGUGAUGAACAACGUGUGAAGUCUACUGCUAUCAAAGCUGAAAGGGUGAAUCCUUCAUCAGAGAGCAGGUUCAUUUUGAGCAUGAUUGAGAAACUUUCUGGGGAAGAUGCUCAUACAGUUUCAGCUAUUCAUGGAGCAUAUGCUUCUGGAGCCGGAGUGCAUAAUUCCGAAUAUUCUCAUUCUCUUGGCGGCGGCGGCGGCCGUUUUGAUCGAUAUAAAAUGGAGACUUCUAGCCAAGGCGGACAAUAUAUGAAUCAAUAUGGUGGUAUUUCAAGCCAUAGUAUGAACAGAGAAGUCCCAUCCUUUUGUAAUAACUGUGGUUUGUCUGGCCACAGUUUUCAGAACUGUCCAAGGAGCCUAAGCGAGUUAGGACAAUCUACUGGAGGUGGCUUCACGCACAGAUCAUCUAUUAGUGGAAUGGAGGGUGGAAAUUCUUCUAAUGUAUGCUUUAAAUGCAAACAACCUGGCCAUUGGGCUAGGGACUGUCCUGGAUCAAGCUCCAUAUCUUUAGGUUUUGGAGGCAGAGACAUAGCUUCAUCUGUUGGAAGUGGUCAUCCACAAGGAACAUAUGGUAAACAAUAUGUUGGUGGUUUCUAAUGUUUGAACCAUUACAUGUAAUUUCUGACAUCUAUCUCGACAAAGGGGCCAAGCUCUACCAACCAGUGCUGAAACAACUCAGUUACCAACGGAACUUCCCUGUUGCCUUUCCUUCGCCAUAUUUGAUGGAUAUUUUGUUUGAAUUGUUAUUGCCAGGUUUUCCCUCUCUACUUUGUAUCAUAUUGCAUGCUUUCUUUCUGUGAAAACUUCAAGUAUUACUCCCAUGCUUCGCUAGACUUCCUAUAGACUAAUUGGUAGACGAUACAAAUAAUAUUUUUAUGUUUUAGCUAUAA